CCAAUGCUCUGGUCCCAGUGAGAGAGCCACUGUGUAACUGUGAGCACAGAGGUCUGCUUCUGCUGCUUCUCCUGAUGUCAGGCACAGACACGUUUGAGUACACAGACAGAGAGAGAGAACGAAAGAAAGAGUGUGUGUUUGGAGCUCAAGCACCUCACUUCAUCUGCCAGUGUAUGAGGUCACUGCGCCUCUGGGUACGGGACUCAUCUUUCCUCCACCAGGACGAUCUGGAUAGAAACGAUGGUUCGUUAGAAAAGGGGUCAAGCUGAAGGUCAAGGUGAGAAAGUAAAAGACACGAUAAAGCCAACAUGAACCCCAUACGCAAAGACAUGGAGCUGCUUAGUAACAGCAUGGCUACGUACGCUCAUAUAACAGAGAACAUGGAGAGCUUCGCGCUGUACUUCAUGUUGGGUGUGAGUUCAGGUCUUCUGCUGGCCCUUGUCCUCCUCAUACUGGGCAUCGCCUGCCGACCGCGUUCAAAAACAAAAACACCCUCCUCACCCGAAAAGAGACGACUGAAAGAAUCCAGCGAGGAGGACGAAGACAAGGAAGAGUACCAAAGUGAGGAAGGAGAUGACGAGGACCUACAAGUCCCAGUGGUUGCAGUGAGUCCCAUGAGUGAUCAGACCCUGCUAAACGGAGCCAUUAAGAGUGUGAAUGUGUUCGCUUCAGCAGACGAGCUGGAGCGAGCCAGGAGACUAGAGGAGAGAGAACGGAUCGUCAGGGAGAUCUGGAGGAACGGACAGCCGGAUAUACUAGUCACCGGCACAGGCACACUCGGACGAGUUCACUAUCUCUAGCAGUGUUUUGUCUUCUGGAUGCAGUGGGUUCAUAGCUAUGGAAUGCACCUGAACAUUUAUCUGUGUAAUAAAUUUGGGUGUAACGUACCUUUAAAAUGGUAAGAAUUGAGAACACUUUUAAAAAUUAGGCUGAUUUUA